AUGUUUCACGAAUGCAUUGAAAUGAAAGCUGUCGGAGAUGCGAAGAUGCCUGUAUGCACAGACGGUGUAUACAAGCUUUUUGCAAGAGAGUCUGGUAUUAUUCAAGCGAGACAUGGUGCAAAGAUCCCCGUUGGAUUCAUGAUGAAGAUCCAGAAGUCGUACUUUGCAAAAAUCCAGCCAACACAAAUAAGAACAUUUGGUGGAGUAGUGGACAGCGACUAUAGAGGGGAGGUAUGUGUGAUUGCAUUCAAUAGCAUGGAUAGGGACUUUGAGUAUACUGCCGGAGACGAAGUUGCAGAAAUGAUGAUACUCAGAAUUGUAAUACCUGAAAUAAAAAAGAUUUAUUCCUGUUUGUGGCUUGCAGCAACUCAUGUGAUGCGACUGCACAAUCACUGCAAAUCCUUGAAUUGGCAGAUCAGUGAAGUAGUGUCUUCUUCUAUUUUCCUAAGUGUGUCCAACAGUAGAUUCUUCACGGGGCAUUCUCGUUCUGCCGUGAUUCUCAGAAGCAAGUGGUUAUCUGUGGGAUGA